GGGAUUGAGCUUUUUGAAGCUGGACUUUAGAGAAAUGAUGCUCAUCUUUGGACUGAUGCUGCUGCAAACUGCGCAUGUCUGGAGUUUAACUGCAGUUUUGAUCAGUCUGGUCCAUGUAAUGCAGCUCUGGGACACAAACUCAAUCUGCUGAUGGUGAUGGAUGCUAGUAAAUAUGACCUGCAGUUAAAAAAGAGAAUAAACAACAAUACAGCAGAUGGUCCAGUUUGUAGAGUAAAGAAUGGCAGGAUGAGGAUGAGUCAGUGUGAUCUUUAUAAUAACAGAACUGAAGUGAAAGUCAUUAAUGGGAUGCUGAUAAUAAACCGUGUGAUCAGAGCAGAUUCAGGGAAUUACAGAUUAAAUCUCGAGAGCUCAGACGGCUCAGAAACAUCUAGAGAACUUCAAGUGAUAGUUGAAGCUCCUGUUGGCUCAGUGGAAGUGUCAAUCAUCUCCUCCUCCAGUGGGGGGAUGAGUGUGUUCAGCUGGACUCUGAAUGGAGAUCCACUGAUGGAUGGAAACAGCAGCAUUGAUCUGGAUAAGAGAAGAGAUGGAGACAUCAGCUGCAGCGUGAAGAACCACGUCAGUCACGCACAGAAGACCAUUAGACUCAAACCCUGUCCUAGUCUGGAUCGGUUCUGCAGGUUUGAUCAGUCUGAUCCCUGUUAUGCAGCUCUGGAACACAAACUCAAUCUGCUGAUGGUGCAGGAUGCUAUUAAAUAUGACCUGAUGCUAAUGAAGAUAAUAAACAACACAGCACAUGAUCCACUUUGUAGAGUAAAGAAUGACAGGAUGAGGAUGAGUCAGUGUGAUCUUUAUAAUAACAUACCUGAAGUGACAGUCAUUAAUGGGACUGUGAUAAUAAACCGUGUGAUCAGAGCAGAUUCAGGGAAUUACAGAUUAACUCUCGUUCACUCAGACGGCUCAGAAACAUCUAGAGAUCUUCAGGUGAUUGUUGAAGGUCUGGAUCGGUUUUGCUGGUUUGAUCAGUCUGAUCCCUGUUACGCAGCUCUGGGACACAAACUCAAUCUGCCGGUGGUGCUAGGUGCUACUAAUUAUAAGCUGAAAAUAAUAAAGAUAAUAAACAACACAAAAGAUGAUCCAUUUUGUAGAUUUCAGCAUGGCAGUAUGGAGGACACUGAAUGUGAUCUUUAUAAUAACAGACCUGAAGUGACCAUCAUCCGUGGGAUGCUGAUAAUAAACUGCGUGAUCAGAGCAGAUUCAGGGAAAUACAGAUUAAAUAUUUACAGCUCACAGAUCAUACAGACAUUUCAAGGAGAUCUUCAAGUGAUUGUUGAAGCUCCUAUUGGCUCAGUGAAAGUGUCAAUCAUCUGCUCCUCUAGUGGGGUGAUGAGGGUGUUCUGCUCCUCUGAGGGGGAUCAGAUCCUCUACAGCUGGACUCUGAAUGGAGAUCCACUGAUGGAUGGAAACAGCAGCAUUGAUCUGGAUAAUGGAACUGAUGGAGACAUCAGCUGCAGCGUGAAGAACCACGUCAGUCACGGACAGAAGACCAUUAGACUCAAACCCUGUCCUGGAUCAACUACUGCAGCUGUGACCUCUAGUUUGACCUCUGCAGUGACCACCAGCACACAGACAUCAGAAUGUGUGUGUUCAGUGUCUCUGGUGUUUGUUCUGGUCCGGUGUCUUCAGCUGAUGGUUCUGUUGGGUCUGUUAGGAGCUUUUCACAUGUACAUGAGACACACAUCAGGAAAGAAACAGGAAGAUCAGAAAGUGAGGAUGAGAAGAUUUAGAGAAGGACAUGAACACACAGCAGAAGAUUCAUGAGAGCAGCAGCAGAUCCUGCAUUUCCUACAUAAUUUUUAACAUGUUUAGACAUACUUGUGUAGGCCUAUUUUUUAUUUACCAGCUCUCUGUGGUAAUAUAAACAGGGUUGGAAAAGUUACUUUUAAAAUGUAUUUUGCUACAGAUUUCAAAAUUAAUGCUUUAAAGAGUAAAAUACUUAAAAUUUGUUUGGCCUCAGUCCCUGGAGUGUCGCAGUCUUGUUUAGCUCAAACUCACCUGCUUGGAAAUUACUAAUGAUCCUGAAGACCUCGAUGAGCUUGUUCAGGUGUGUUUAAUUAGGGUUGGAGAAGAAUAGAGAAGAAUGACAUCUACUGAAAUUUAACAUCAGUUUUCCACAAUAUUUCCUGA